AUGUGUUUUUUUUUAAAUAAAUGUAAAAAACCCAUUGUUUAUUAUGUAUUUAAUAUUUCAGCCAAAACAAGCGUGAGUUCAGCUAAUGUCCAACUCAUAUAUCAUUCUGUUCUAUCAGAACUUCUUCACGAUAAGAGAAGAAAGUUCACUUUCUCGGAGACAGCGUAUUUUUGGCGUUGGUGGAAGGAACAGCGCGGAACAACACGAGCGACCUUCAGGUCUUUGGUGGCAGAAGGUCGGAUUCAAUUCGCUGGUGGCGGCUGGGUGCAGCCUGAUGAAGCUACGACGGACUACCUUCAACUACUGGAUCUAUAUACUUGGGGGUUAAGGAAACUGAAUGACACUUUGGGCCCUUGUGGCAAGCCCAAGGCUGGCUGGCAGAUAGAUACUUAUGGACAUUCAAGGGAACAUACAUCUUUAUUAGCACAAAUGGGCUUCGAUGGACUAUUUAUAGGCAGAGUGGAUCACAAAGAAAGGGAAUCGAUGAUGGAUGAAGGCAGAAUGGAGUUUAUGUGGCGAGGAAGUGACGUUUUGGGUAAAAUGUCGGACAUCAUGACGCAUACGAUGUUCAACUUGUACAACGCUCCCGAAGGGUUUUGUUUCGAUUUUCUAUGUAAUGAUGAACCAGUUGUGGAUGAUCCUGAUAGCAAAGUAUUCAAUGCUGAUAAAUUAGUUAACAAUUUUAUUAGUCAAAUAGAGAGACAAGCUAAAUACUACGACCACGACACUAUUAUGGUGACUCUAGGAGGAGACUUUACUUAUCAAAGUGCAGCAAAUUGGUUCAUGAAUAUUGAUAAAUUAAUAAACUACGUCUCAUCACACCCAGCGAAUAUGUCAGAUGUCAAUAUAUUUUAUUCUACCCCCGCCUGCUACCUUAAAGCUAUUUAUUUAUAUGGAAGACGAGAUAAAGCAGUUCACACGGAAAAAGGAGACCAUCUUCCAUAUGGCAGUGAUCUAAAUACGUAUUGGACAGGCUUCUAUACAUCAAGACCAUCUUUAAAAUAUUUAGCGAGAAGAGCUCACGUAUUUCUUCAGAUCGUGAAGCAGCUGACAGUUAUUUCUCGUAUGGGAGAUUUUUACGAAUUACAUUUACUGCGCCACGCCGCAGCAUUGGUUCUUCACCAUGAUGCUAUUACUGGUACAAGUCAACAACGAGUGUCCGAUGAUUUUAUUAGAAUUAUAUCGGAAGCGAUUGACGCCUGUUCCAAAAAAGUUUCACAGUUUCUAAGUAUUCUAACGCCCACGUGGGGAGCGAGUCGACGGUCUAAGAACCACCAACAGUUUGUAAUGUGCCAUCAACUUAAUAUGAGUCAAUGUAAAUUCUCCGAGACUCAAGAAUCAAUUUUGCUGGUAGUUUACAAUCCCCUCAGCGUUAAAACGUACUCUCACGUGCGUCUACCAGCUAUAGCACUACACUACUCUAUCAGAGAUUUUAACGAUGAUGAAGUGGAGUAUCAGCUAGUUCCUCUGCCUGCUGCAAUCAUCAACCUUCCAGGACGCAGUUCCACCGCCAUCCAGGAGUUAGUCUUUGAGGCUGAAAACGUGCCACCGCUGGGAUUCACUUCCUACCACAUAUCACCAAUACGAGAUCAACUGGCUGAGAGCCAAUUCUUGAAGAAAUCUCAAGACGUCGAACAAGACCUCAUUAACUUUAUUUCUAAUGAAUAUAUCAAGAUAACUGUCGACAAAACCACUGGUCUGCUGGAAUCUUUCCAGCAUGCUGACGGGAUAAAAAUAAGUCUAUCCCAAAAUUUCUACUUCUACAGUCAGACUCAGCAGGUUUUACAAUCUGGGGCGUAUAGCUUCAGACCGGAGAAAGAGAAACCUACACCAGUGACUGACAAAGUGACCUUCCACACCAUACGAGGUCCAUUAGUGAAGGAAAUACGCCAGCGUUUUAAUGAUUGGAUCACACAAGUGGUUCGUCUCCAUCGCGGAGAGGAGUUUGUGGAAAUAGAGUGGAUCGUAGGCCCUGUACCAAUAGGAACUGAUCUUGGCAAGGAAGUUGUAACAAUAUAUCAAACCAACAUCAGCAAUAACGAUAUCUUCUACACCGACUCCAACUCAAGACAAAUGAUUAAAAGAUCGUGUUGGAAUGAAUCUUCAAUAACACAACAAAAGAAACCAGUGUCUUCAUGCUACGCUCCAAUUACUUCUCGUAUCUGCAUCGAGGGUAACAGCAGCGAUGCUAUGUGCGUACUGACGGAUAGAACGAUGGGUGGUGUGGGGCGCGAUGGUGGCAUUGAAAUCAUGGUCCAUCGAAGAUUACUAACAGACGACGGCUUUGGUUUAGACGAGUCACUGAAUGAGGAAGCUUACGGAGUCGGAUUGGUGGUGAGAGGGAAACAUAGAUUGUACGUGGGAAACUAUCACCAAGAAGUUGACGACCAAACAUUCUUCGAAAGAACAGCACAAUUGGCGAGAAAAUGGAUGUUUGAGCCCUGGCCGUUUAUGACUUCCGCUGAGAAGAUUAACAGGAGGAAAUGGCAGAAUAUUAGAAACAAAAGGGUGGAUAUUGUUUUUUUUUCUGCCCUUCGUUUGCACGGCCUGCCGCGUCAUAUACACGUGCUUACUUUAGAGCCGUGGAAGGGAGGCUCGGUUCUGUUACGACUGGAAAAUACUCUGGAAUCUUAUCAUGUCAAACAAGGAAAAGAUUUGCCUGAUGAUGUAAGAAACGCCCACAUAACGGUCGAACUCCGAAAAAUAUUUCUCCACGCUGUGAUCAAAUCAGUACGAGAGACAACGCUUGCAGCCAAUCAAUGGUUGGAAGAUGCUCGCCAAAUGGAUUGGAGCACAAGAUACGUCUACGCUGGUGGUGAUGACGGUAUACUACCAGAAGACAACCCAGACUAUAUCGAUGAUUUGAAAUUCAAUAAGCAAGCCGACAAUAAAGAAAAUGAACAAGAUAUGGAGGAGAGAUAUCCCAGAAGGAAAGAAGCAAAGCAAAGAAGCGCGAAAAAAGAUGAUUCUAAACCAUCAACUAAGUACAGUUACAGAACAAAAAGAUCUUCAAAUAACACAGAUUUAAUUCAAACAAAUUACACAAACGAACAGACAAGAAAUACCACAGACAGCCGUCCACUAUUGGGUUUCGAAAGCAGGACUUUUGUACCGAAAAAUAUUAGUGAAACAGAUUUGGAUAUUAUUAAAACAGAAGCAGUUACGAAGAAAUAUAAAAAAUCCAAAUAUAGGUCCCUAAAGGCUCGACCGCUGAAGUUUUUUAGAGAUUUAAGUAAAGAGAGCGAUGAAGAUGAUGAGGAUAUGCCUGUUAACUUAAAAAAACGAUCCUCAAAAAGAAAAAAUACAACAAAAAAGUUUACGUCCUAUACUUUGGAUGAUCUAUGCAAAGAAGAUAAAGACGACGGUAUAACCAAAUCAAUAUAUGAAAUGUACUACAAGGUGAAGCCACGAAAAGGUUCUUUCAAACCCUACAUCAGAAGCUCAGAAGUGACGGAAGAUAGAAGAGUUAAGAGAAUUGAUGACUAUUCUAGUGAGGAAGUCGUCAAUAGAAGUAGGAGGCGGAAAGGAGGGAAAUUGAGAAGUUCUGACACCUCGGAAAGAAGACGUGACCAUGGAAAAAUUUAUUCACACAGAGAAACCAAAUCAAAAACUUCGGAAAGAAGAAGGAGAGGUCGGCGGGAGUAUCUCGACUACUCACAGGAGGAAGAAGUGAAUUCACCAGCUUAUGAAGAUUAUAACGAAGAGGAAACAUACACCAGAAACAAAAGAGCAACCCAGAACGACGAACAAACUGACCAAAGUACUGAGGAGGCAGAUCAAGAUUACAUCAUCACUCUCAAACCCACUCAAAUAAGAACAUUCGUUAUUUGGUUCGAAGAAAAGAAACCAUAUACUCUAUAA